AUGUCUACGGCCGUGCGCCACGCGCUCCGCCGCCUCGGCGCGCCACCGACCAUCGCCGCCGCCGUCAGACACGCCGGUUGGCGGGGACGGGCGCCUCCGCCGCCGGCAACACCCGCGUCGGGGCACGACAAAACGGCCGUGUGCGAGCCCCGGCGUUGGUUGUUCAAAAACCAAAAGACUUUCCCAGUCGGCGAGGACGCGCGGCUGCACGCGGACGACGUCACCGUGGCGGAGAAGAACCGCAAGUUGUUUGCCGACGCCGCCGCACACGAGGGCCCGGAAGCGUCCGGGGACGACGCGGCGAUGCCCACCGCCGCCGAGCUGGACAAACUCCUGCCCUCAGCCACGCAGCUGCAGGAGGAGAUUCCCUCCGCUGCAGCGGUACGGGAGGCGAUGCGGAAAGGCGGCGACGCCGCAAUGUGGCAGAACACCGGCGAGGAUGAGGAACCAUGA